GACGCUAAAUAUUAGUACAGGUGGAACAGCGCAACAAUAACGCGUGUCUUUUUUGAUUGUACAAACAGACGUAAAACUAAUUUGUUCGAAGUAUUGAAAGGACGGCAUUACGGACGCGACGAGUUUGUCUCCGUGUCUGAAAACGGUUGGUGGUGAUACGCUAGACACUCCAAGUGAUAAUAUCAGUGCAUAAUGAAAACCUCAGUGAUUAUAACAGCUUUGCUGUUCACGCAGGUAUCUGCCUCAUUUUUCGAUGUAUUUCAAGGCGCGGUGCUAUCGGUCCAGAACAGUUUUGGAAAACUUUUGAGUGACGUAGUAACCGAUGUCAAAGACACUGUAGACUGCACUAUUCUUGCAGUAGAACAUGUUCUAUCUUUGAGUGAAGACGCAACUAUACGAUAUUAUGACAAAUGUGGACAAGGAACUAACCAAACUACACAGAAUGAUCCUAAACAAAGUGAGAGUUUGCCAAAGAUGGAAGUUUCAAUUAAAUUCCCGCCCAGUGAGGAAUAUUUUCAAAAAAUAAUUCCAGCUGAAAUUGAUGCUAGAAUAAAUGAAACUCUUUCAAAAGUUCUUGAGGACUAUAAACCACAUAACAAUUUAAUAAGUAUUGAAAAUGUGCUAGCUAAAGAAUCUGAACAAUUGGCCGACGUUAGCGAUUUAGUAAAGAAGGAAAUGAAAAAACUAUCAAAUGAGGUGACUGCUGAUUUAGAGCAUAUCAAACAACGAGAUUCAGGGCCUUCGGUUGAUACCAUUCUAGAGGAAAUCAAAGUUUUAGAAAAAAGUGAGCAGAAUGCAAGAAACGCUUCAGAAGCUGUUGAAAUCCACCAAGUAAUUGAUGAAGUUUUAGAUAAACUGGAUGCAAUUGAAGCUACUGAAGCGAACGAAAACAAUAAACUUGAAGAGAUUCUGAGAGAUUUGGAAAACAAUUCAAACAAUAGUUUCUUAGGAUUAAGAACACAAUUUGAAGAAUUUAAGAAAGAGGAGUCGAGGCAUUUAAGUGAAAUUAAAGAUAAAAUUGAGGAGCAUGAGAAAAUUUACAAUCAUACAAAUAAAGUGUAUGACUCUAAUCACACACAAAUAGUUUUACUAAGUAAAGAUAAACAAAAUGAUACUUCUGAGCCUCUUAUACUUUCACAGGGUAUACUUACUGUGCAAGUAUCUAAAGCGAAAGAGAGACUUGAUAUAACAACAAGACUAAUUACUAACGCAGACGUCACAGAAAAUCCAAAUGAGAGUGGAUUGAUUCAAAACUCAAAAAGUACUACUGCUGAUGGAACCAAUGAAUCUUUAACUACUAACCGGUCUCCAACAACUAAUAUCAAGAGUUCCAACAAAUUACCAAUCGAUACGAGUGUCCGGACCUUAGAGACCUUAAUGCUGUUAAGAUCCGAUAGAGCAACUAGCACUCAGCAUUUAGAUCCUAAUGAUAUUAUUAUCACAAGCACAAGUUAUCCGCCAAUCAUAGAAACCACAACUGAUAAUAAACCCAUACAACUUGAAACUUCUACAGAUUCUAGUCGAAAGGAUUUGGCAACAGUAAUGGCAGUUGAUAAUAGUACUGACUCAAGUAACACAGACGUAGUUACAGGAAACACACUUGAUAACGUGACUUCGCAACACACUGAUGGAAUCAUUGGUUCUACUACUGAAGAUUUUGCAAUAACAACUGAAAUGACAACUACUGUAGCAAAUAAUAUUCCGGCAACCAGCACGCUAACCCCAGAAACUCCAUCUCUUGAAUCUAUUGAAGCAAAAGUUACCACCACUCCGCUGUUUGAAGAGCCUACAACGUUUAUUUCAAAUAAAUACAUGAUAUCAAACGUAUCAGGCCAUUCUACUUCUAUUGAGACAACGACGAUAUCAGAAGUAUUUGCUAAUACUUCUCCUUCUGAAAGCGAGGAACCUUCAAAAUUGAUAACUGAUUCCCCAACGUCUCCGGCAAAAAUAUUUGUAACUGAGUCUAAUACAAAUCCGACAGGUUCAUCUUCGAUAACUGAGAGCACAGUGACUCCUGAGAUGCUUCAGUCAGUUAUAAGGACAACGACUACACCUUUACAGACAGAAGAAGAGGAACCAUCACAUAAAGCUACAAAAUUCAACAUUGACUCUAAUGCCAGUUUUAUAACAAGCACAUCUAAGAUAGCAGAAAUUAUGGCGACUACAAAUGAAGAAACGACACAAUUACCGACAGAGACAUUUACUGUAGUGAUUGAACAUGUUGAAAAUACAACAACCUCUGAAGGACCCAACUUAAAUAAAAAUGGUGUAACUACAACGACGACACCAAUAUCAGAAAGAACAUUGAGUACAGAGAAUCUUCCGUCAGUUAAGAAUACAACACCGACUUAUAAAGAAUUUUCAACGCUAACAUUAUCAGACUCGAGAUAUACUACUAAUGGUAUAACAAGUACUUUACCACCACCAGCAGAAAAGACACCUUCUGCUGCGUUGAGUAAGUCAGAAAGCACCCCGUCUGUUGAAAAUAAGGUGUCUACCCUACCUGAAGGUAAUAACUUGGAUUAUAUCACAACGACCACUGAGUUCACUACAAUAAUGAACAAAACUACAACUGAAAAUAUUAAAACAGUUGAAACAACAAUCGAUUCUGAAACGCAAAAACCAACUGAUUUGAAAACAAAUGAUAUUGUAACAUCAAGUACUGUUUUUUCACCACCAAAAGAAAAUCCAUUAUUGAGUGAAGUUAUUUCAAUUGAAAGUACGACGGCUUCUUAUAAAGAAAAAGGCUUACUUAAAACAGAUGACAUGUUACGUACUACUCCAAGAAUUAUUACAAAUCAUAAUUUCACUAUAAGCAGUCCGCCAUUGAUGGUUACAGAUGGUCCACCUAUAAUAAAUAAAGUCUCUUUAAUCGAUCAUCCUAUGAUUCCUGUGAAUAAUCCGUGGUUGACACCGAAGAGUGUUGAAAAAGCUAAUUCAAAUAAAAUAAGCCAGCAAAACUAUAACAUGCCGAGAAUACCAAAAAUUCAUAAUGAUUUCCCGCAAUCAUUGACUGGUGGAUUAUUGGAUACAAGAUGGCCGCUGUAUGAUCCACAUCAAGUCAACAAUGCUCCUCAGCAAUUCGGUGUACCAAAAGGAUCUUUUCCACCACAAUUUCGAAAUCCCAAAUUACCGGAUUACCAUGGAAGAAAAACUGAUUUUAUUAAAAACAGGUUUUCCGAUGUUGGUGCAACUCCUGCUCCUAUGAAUCCUGUAUUAACUCAAGGACUGAUCCCCACUGUUCCCAAACAGCAACCUCAGGUUGAAAUAAGUGCGCAUGACCAGGCAGUGUUUGAUGAAUUUGACUCCAUGAGUGAUUCUGGAUGGCCUUCUAGCUCAAUGGAUGAAAUAUUAAACCUAGCCGAAAUGCCUAUAGCGCCAGAGAAAAAAAGUACACCAAGCCCAAGAGUACCUACAGAUCGUGGAAGAAUAAAUGGACCAGGACGUCCUCUUCAGUCACCUUAUAACAGACCACCAGGGUUAACCACGAACAGACCACAAAACAAUGCUCGCAUAGACGAUGGUCAAAACAUGCCGGUGGACUACGAUUCUUUCUUCCAUAUUCCCCAAAAGAACACCGAAGCUCAUCAACGUGCUCUGAAAGAUGCACAACAACUUAUUGCGAACAGCCAACUUUCCAACCGCAUUAUCGAUAGGGUUCUUCGGAGCAAAAACACUGUCGGUGCAAGAAGUAUAUUUAACAAUCCUAGAACAUUAAACUCGGGCAAAUGACGUUUGUUUUGAUAAGUCUUCUGUUUUUCUUGAAAUUCAUUAAACAUUUCUUUAUUGAGAAGCGUUUGUAAAAAUGCAUAUAGAACUGCAAGGCUGGUAUCAUGGAAGAAAUAGGUAGAAUCCUGUUUAGAUUUCUUGUGGACCUAGCUGCCGAAUGAGCACCCGCAAUAAAUAAAUGUGAGUAGUUCAAGUAACCAACUGUCAUUAUCUGUUAAGUUAUGUACUGUUCUUCGGACAGGCACUGAUAAAUAGGUUGGUUAGUCCUGAGCUAUUUGAAAGUAUAUAUUUUUAAGUUGUUGGAUUAUUUAUUUAUGUAGGGCGAUUCAGGCGACUUUGAAAAGUAGAAGACAAAUUAUUUUGUUGAAUUAUACUGUAUUGUUUUACUUACCUUGUACAAUACCUCGAAGACUUUUUAGUCGGGGUGAAAUUAAAGAUAAUUCUAUAUAUAACGAUUUUAUUAACAAUAUAAAUAAGUACUUACAAACUUAUAUUUCUACAAUUGAGCUGCGCUACUCUACUGCGAGCAGUCAAUAUGUGUUAGGUAAAUCCUUAUAUUACAUUAGAUAAUAAUGUUUUACAGGGUACUAUACUAUGCACCAGUACUUUUCUAUUCGUUUAUUGACAGUUAUAAUAAUACUUAUAGCCGAAUAUUCAAAGGCCGUAUAGUAAUUUUGUAGGAUUUAUCAUUAUAUCGGUAGGUAGAACAGGUGCAUUCGAGCACCAUUGUUUCCUUUCAUUAAAACAUGUGUGAUAAUUAAUUUUGCGUGAUCUAAAGGUGUUAGAUAUUUUCAGUAACUUUUGAACAUUCGACUAUAGCCUCGCAUUUCAUUAGUGACUUUACAUCAUGCGGUAGUAUAUAAUACCUAUGUGUCCUAUGAUCACUAUCAUAACUUCUUUUUGUCUCAUCUCAGUACACAAGCUUUUAAUCUUAAUGUUUUAUAUUCGUUAUUUAUUUUUGUACAAUAUUUUUUAAAAUUUUGUAGUUUAUUGUGUAUUGUUCAUAUUCAAUUAAUAAAUAGUUUCAAUUCCUGUCCGAAAGUUCGGCACCGUCAUUGCUCGGACGCGUGCCUCAAUAUAUAAUAUUUAUAUUAAUUUUAUUUACAGUGACUAUAUAAUGUAAUAAACGUACAUAAA